AUGACAAAGAGGUCGUGGAGGGCCAAGACACCGCCUCCAAGUGAAAGCAGGUGGUCUGAGUGUAAAGAGGCCAUAAGUGGUAGAUACCGAGUUUUUGGCCAGCAGCCAUUUUUCAUCUGCUGCCUGCUGGUGUCAGCACCUGUAUUUGGCUACCUGGGUGACCGCCACAGCCGCAAGGCCAUUCUGAGCUUGGGGAUCUUCCUCUGGUCAGGGGCUAACCUCUCCAGCUCCUUCAUCUCCUGCCAGGUUCCUGUAGUCCCUUUGACACAUCCUUGGGUAUCUAGCCCCGUGGACAAUUUCUGGAACCUACAGUGGUCUUGUGCCUGGCUUUCUCAGUAUUCCUGGCUCUUCUUCCUGUCCCGGGGAGUCGUAGGCUCUGGUGUGGCCAGCUACUCCACCAUUGCACUCACUGUUCUGAGCGAUCUCUUUGUGAGGGACCAGAGGAGCCGAGUGGUGGCUGUCUUCUACACCUGCAUUCCGGUUGGAAGUGGUCUGGGCUACAUGCUGGGGUCGGUUGUGGCAGACCUGACUGGGAACUGGCGUUGGGCCCUCAGGAUCAUGCCCUGCCUGGAGGCCGUGGCCUUGAUCCUGCUCAUCCUACUGGUCCCAGACCCACCCCGAGGAGCUGCUGAGAAGGGAGAAGUGGCUGUAGGUGCCCAUCUGAGCAGCUGGUGGGAGGAUGUCAGAUAUCUGGGGAAGAACUGGAGUUUUGUGUGGUUGACCCUUGGAAUCACAGCCAUAGCAUUCGUGACUGGAGCCCUGGGCUUCUGGGCACCCAAGUUUCUGUUCGAAGCCCAUGUUGUCCAUGGGCUGCAGCUGCCCUGCUUCCAAGAGCCGUGCAGCAGCCAGGACAGCCUGAUUUUUGGAGCCCUCACUGUGGCGACUGGCAUCAUGGGUAUCAUCCUGGGGGUCGAGGCAGCCAGGCGGUAUAAGAAAGUGAACCCCAGAGCCGAGCCCCUCAUCUGUGCCUCCAGCCUGCUGGCCACAGCUCCUUGCCUCUAUCUGGCUCUCAUCCUGGCCCCAACCACCUUCCUGGCCUCCUAUGUGUUCCUGGCCCUGGGAGAGCUGUUUCUGUCCUGCAACUGGGCAGUGGUUGUCAACAUCCAGCUGUCCGUGGUGGUACCCAGGUGCCAGAACACAGCACAGGCACUUCAGAUCACAGUGGGCCACAUGCUGGGAGACGCUGGCAGCCCCUACCUCACGGGACUUAUCUACGGCACCCUGAGGAGUGGGCGCCCCAACUCCUACCUGCAGCACUUCCUCAGUCUGCAGCAGAGCUUACUGUGCUGUGCCUUCGUCAUUGUGCUGGGUGGCGGCUGCUUCCUGCUGAUGGCGCUGCACAUGGAGAGAGACCAGGCCUGGGCCCAGUCUGCCGCAGGAGCCUUGGACAGCAAGAAUAUGGCCACAAAGGACGUUGAGCGCCAAGCCCCGCUGUCGGCCAGCGCCUCCACAGAGGAACUCUGUCUGAGUCCCUGUCCUGCAGGGAUAGGGCCCUACUCGGCUCACACGUCUGAUGGCCCCACCCACCCUGGCUGUGACUCGGGGAUCCCAGUGGAGCUGCACCUGCCACUUGUUCACUCCCAGCAAGGGAGCUGGCAGAGUGGGCCCAGUGCUGGGCUUGGGAUUGAGUUGUUAGCACCUUCCAGGGAAGAUGGGGCCCGCCCUGCACCCAGCAGCAGGCUCCUCCCACGCAGACCCUCAGCUUGGCUUCUCAGAGGCUCCCAUUAAAAGGGCAGUGCAGGGCUGGGGAGAUGGCUUAGCGGUUAAGCACUUGCCUGUGAAGCCCAAGAACCCUAGUUCGAGGCUUGAUUCCCCAGGACCCACAUUAGCCAGAUGUACAAGAGGG